AUGUUUGACACAGACUCGGCAUUACUAUCCCUAGUAUUUCAGGUUCUGAAGUACUUUAUACUGUUAGGCAUUGCAAUGAUGAUAUAUGUGGGGUACUACGUCCUGAUCAGGCCUCACUUGUUCAGAUGGAAGUAUAAAAAGUACCCAAAUGUCUACAUGAUUGACUCGAUUAAGCCCCUAGGAGGAGACCUUGCACUCCAUAUGGAAGAUGUCAAGCAGGAUAAAGUUCAUUAUUCCCAUAUUGUAGAAGCAGCUCCAGAGUUGAACAAGUAUGACCUGCAAGUAGAAAUAGAAAGUAUGCAACCCGUGAUUUCACUGGUAUCUAAUGAGAGUAUUAAGGAAUUUUGCGCAAUGGCUCCUGACAAAAUAGAUAAGCUUGUCUGGAAUAGAGGAGUUCUCAAAAUGGUUGCCGAUUCAUUUGCUGCUCAUCCCUCUACUGAGAAAACUAAAGGAAGAAGGAAGGAUCUUACUAGCAUUCUUGGGCUGAAUUCUUCAUCAAAAUAUAUCCCUACAAUGCUUGAGGUUACCAAAGAAGUUCUGGCUGAAAUGAAGAAAUUAAAAGAUGUCAACUAUCUGAAUCACAUGAACAAUCUGACUGUAAAGAUUUUAUCGAACCUUCUGUUCGGAAAAGAUAUUCACUAUUUGAUUGAGAAGAAGUAUACCUACCAAAAUCAUGAUGGAACUUCAGAUGAGCUGAACUUGUUGGACUUCUUCUUUAAGCAUUGUGAGAAUUUGGUAGCUGAAUACUACAAUCCUAUCACAACACUCCUUCCGUUUGUUGAUAAGAACAACUUGUUUGGACUCUGGAAGAGGAAUCAUGUCAAUGACAUACAGUUUAAGACUAGACUUACUGAAAUUGUUGAGAAAUCAAAGGAUGAAAAUUCCUUGUGGAGCCAAAUGAAAGCCUUAAACCAUUACUCUUCAGAAGAUAUUUUUAGUGAUUUGAUUAUCCUACUUCUCGGAGGAACUGAGAGUACUUCUCACUCUCUCGUGUCACUCUUCUUCUAUCUUGCCAAACAUCCCGAUGUGAAGGAAAAGUUGGUCAAAGAGCUCCGUGAUAUGGGAUUCCAUAAAAACGAAGAGCUGUACCACACUAAGAUUCAUGACUGUGACUACCUUAAUUAUGUAGUAAAAGAGGUAUUCAGAAUUGAUGCUCCAGUCACAAGAGGAUUUUAUUAUGUAGCGAAAGAGGAUAUCAAUAUCUGAAAUGUGCCUAUUAGUAAAGGAACCGCUCUCAGGCUCGACCUACUUACUCCCCAUUUCAACACUGAUGACUGGAAGGAUCCUCUCUCCUUCGUGCCCGAAAGAUUUGAUCCAGAAUCUGAGUUUUAUGUGAAAGCAAUGAAAGAAUCUAAGAAAGCAGGAGUGUUCUCAAGAAGAGCAUUCGGUCAUGGUGUCAGGAGCUGCCCUGGCCAGACCUUUGCCACUUUAGAGACAAAAGUCAUUGUUGCCUAUCUUCUCACCCAUAUGGACUUCGAAGUCGAUGAAAGCAUCUUAAAUAGAGAGAAUGUUGGGUUUGGUAUGGGGAGCCAUAUUGUUCCCAAAUUCAAAGUUAGUGAAUUCAGAGAAUAAUUCCAGAGUUAUUUGAAAAGUUGCGGAGCAGUUUCAAUAUAUUUGAUAUUCAGUU